AUGAGCUUUCGGGAUAUGCUUAACCAGAACCGUCCUCAUUUGGAGAUAUCAUCUGAUGAUGAGGACGGGGGAGAUUUGAAUGAUGAUGUUACCAUUGACUUUGGCAGCGUUGAGCCUGAUGUCGAAAUCAAAGACAAAUUUUAUAAAUCGUUGAUAAAGUCGUGGCAGAAUGCUUGCCCGGAUCGUCCAAGAGAUGAUGGUAUGUCACAGGUGAAUCAUAAUGCUGGUCUCGUGGUGAAUGAAAGUGAAAAAAGGAAUCAGGAUGGGGAUAAUGUUGUUACUGGAGUCCAUAACAAUGUUGUGGCUCAGGACCAGGGGGAGGAACGUGUUUUUGGUAUAUGGUUGGUGGCCAAAACCCCAGCGCAUAACAAGCAGGCUCGUAAUGAAGAAGAAAAUAUGAGUCAGCAUAAUUGUGCUUCUGCAAAGAAUGGAGAGCCAGUUCGGUUCCAUGUGGGGAAGGAGAAGAAAGGGAAUAACAUGGGGCAAAUGAGGGAGAAUCAGAGGAGUGGAAGAAAGGGUAAAACUGAUGAAUGGAACAUUGUUACGGACUCCAAAUGGAUGCAUUUCCUUUAA